AGUUGGAAUUUCAUGCGUGUACUUCUGGCAAAACCAUCACAGCUCGAUGCGAGGGGCCCUGCCCAUGCCUCCCAGGGCCUGAAGGUCCAAAGCACAAGACAGAAAAGACAGCUUGCACUGACAAGGAAUUGAGGAGUCUUGCUUCGCGACUCAAAGACUGGUUCGGUGCUCUUCAUGAGGAUGCAAACCGUGUCAUCAAGCCAACAAGCUCGGAAACAGCACAAGGCAGAUUUGACACCAGCAUCCUUCCAAUCUGUAAGGACUCCUUAGGCUGGAUGUUCAACAAACUUGACAUGAACUACGACCUGCUGCUGGAUCCCUCAGAGAUCAGUGCCAUUUAUCUGGAUAAGUACGAGCCGUGCGUCAAACCUCUCUUCAACUCCUGUGACUCCUUCAAAGAUGGAAAGCUUUCCAACAAUGAGUGGUGUUACUGCUUCCAGAAGCCAGGUGGUCUUCCUUGCCAGAAUGAAAUGAAUAGAAUUCAAAAGCUCAGUAGAGGGAAGAGUCUGCUGGGUAAGUUCGAUUACUUGCCAUUCAUUUACUCAACUAAUUAAAGCUUCUGUGAUUAU